AUGAAGGAAAAUGGGUAUAAAAAAGAGUCUGCUUUGACGGUCAUCAAAUUAUCACCGCAAAAAAUUAAAAACCUAUAUCAUAAGAAUAUGGUGUUUGGUAAACUCGACAUCAAGAACGUGCCUGUAACCUAUCAAAAGCCGGUAACUGGCAAGUCAUCGUUCAAACAGUCUAGAGGUAUAGACGAGGGGUCUAAAGAUGGACUUUAG